AUGAAAACCGACCUGGAGCUCGCCUUGGAGUGCGCCAUCAACAUCUACCACCAGUAUGCCAUGAAGUGCCCCAUAGAUGACUACCUGAGCAAGACUGAGUUCUCAAAGCUGCUGAAGGAGACCGCCAAGCCCUUCCUCUACAACACCAUGCCGCCUAACAUGACCAUUGAUGACUACAUAAGCAAGCUCUUCGCCAGAGCAGACUGCAACCACGACGGUCGCCUGAAGUUCACAGAGUUCCUGACCACGCUGAAUCUCGUAGUCAUUGAUGCCCACAAUAGGUCCCACCAGUGUUGCGGGAGCCAUGACAAGGAUCCAGAUGCUGGUCACGGCCAGGACCACGCCCACGUUCCCAGCAAGUGA